UUUGAUAUAUCAGUGGAAAAAAAAUAUGGCUGUUUUGAUUUUGAUAAUGAAGAAAAAUUGGAAUUUUCACUAAGAAAUCAACAAGCAAAUACGGAAUAAAUAUUGAAAAAGUGGCGUGGAAGUGAAGAGGAAUACGGCAGAAACGACAAUUUCCGCAAUAUCCUUUUGGGAAAUUCAAAAAUUAAAAUGUUAAUCUUGUUUGGAGCGAAAACCUUUUCUCUAAUCUUCUAAAAAUACGCGAUUUUAGCAUUUUGUGCGUAGAGAGGAAAAUUGCAUUUUAAUACGUAACUCCUUUAAUGCAAAUAUGGCAGUUGCGGUGGAUGUUCCAAGUGGUAGUGGUGGAAACACAUGCUGGACUGAAUUUUGUGAACGACACGCAAGGGCUGCUGCGUCUGAUUUUGCCAAAUCUUGUGUACACUAUAUGGUUAAUAAUCUUCCGGAAGCUGCACGUACAACUGUCUCCCAUAGGGAUUUCAUGAGAAAAUUCAUUGAAUGCUUCUCUGAUCAUUUUGAUACGGAAUUUAACAGACGACGGGUUCAUCAUAAGACUGGAAAUGGUAAUGCGACUGUUCUCGAAGAAAGUGACUACUCAGAGGAUACGGAUUCACCAAAAAUUACCCACAAACCCUUCUUUCGACGAUUAUCAUUUAAAGGACUUCGCAAAGGAAAGGCAUUUUUUCACAAACAAAACUCAGAUGAAACUGAAAUAUCCAGUGCUCGUCAAAUGAAGACAAAGCUCUCAAAGAUCGUUGUGGAGUGUCGAAAGGAAGGCUAUGUGAAUUAUUUAACACCCGAAAGUCUCGAUCAGCCCGGGGGUAUUCAUAAAUGGGAAAAAUGUCGAUUAGCUCUUGUAAAGACCGUCGGUGGCUACAUGUUGGAAUUCUAUUCACCACCAAAGUCUCAAAAGCCCCGUAGUGGAGUAUUUUGUUUUCUAAUAUCAGAAGCUCGUGAGACUACGGCACUGGAGAUGCCAGAUCAUGAGAAUACGUUCGUUCUGAAGGCAGAUAAUAAUAUGGAAUAUGUAAUUGAGGCCCAUGAUACGGAUGAUAUGAGAAGUUGGUUGGCAACCAUAAGAUAUUGCAUGCGAAGUACACCAACAACACAAAUACCCGAUCAAGCGCUGUUGGUGGUGAGUACGGCACCCAAUGCAACGGCAACACCUAUUCCGGGACCUGAAAAUACAGCCAGUAGCCCCGUUCCGGAAGUACCACCACGACGUCCGGGUGAACGAAUCUCAUCAUCGAGCAAUUUUGAAUUGACUGAAGGUGAUCUAGAGCCUGUCCAUGAGACUGAUACCGACUUGACGGCAAUGAUGCGUGAAUACCCUUGGUUUCACGGUACACUGCCACGUUCAGAUGCUGCCCAGCAAGUCCUGCACGGUGGUGCCAGUGGACAUGGGGUCUUCCUCGUGCGACAAAGUGAAACGCGCAAAGGGGAAUUUGUGUUAACUUUCAACUUUCAAGGACGAGCCAAACACCUCCGUAUGACGCUCAAUGAUAAGGGCGAAUGUCGUGUGCAGCAUUUGUGGUUCCCAACCAUUACGGAAAUGCUGGAGCAUUUCAGGCAAAAUCCAAUACCAUUGGAAUCCGGGGGGACAGCAGAUGUAACAUUAACGGAAUACGUAGUCCAUCAGCCAACUGCCCAAUUGACAACGUCUGUUUCACCGAGACAUCCUUCUGUGCAGGUAAUUACAAUUGGUGGAAGUGUGAGAGUGAAGACUUGUGAUCUUGAACUACCUCCCCCAAUUAUUGCACAAGCGGUUGUAACACCAGCACCAGUACAAGCAUCCCAAGCUCAUACAUCACAGAAUAAUUCUGACAAUGAUAACGGACGUGCUGUAGGUAAUCAGUAUAGUUUUGUGUAGUUAAACUAUAUACAAUGCAAAACACUAUACAACACUACAUCCUACACAUUAUAUAUUUUAUGUAAAUGUCUAUACCACACAGUCUCUAAACAAAACAACAAAAAAGUCUCUAUAAAAUAGAACGUAAAAGAGACAAAAAAAGUAUAAUGAGAAAAAUAAAAUUUUAUUGUCUUAAUUAUACCAAUAAAUAUGACUAAUAUUAUAUAUUAUUACCUACUAAUAUAAAAAAAAUAAUAUUUUGCUUUGUAAAUACAACAUACAUAAUUAUAUAUAGAUGAAUAAGAUGAAGAUGAAGCUUUUAACGAUAAACUCUAUUUUACUUUAUAUAAAGUGCCAUAUUGAUACAUAAUACUAUUCUUGUAUGAUAUACAGUGUCAUAUAUAAAUGUAUAUAGGGGAGGGUGGUGUGGAGUGAGUCAAAAAAACCAAUCACACAAAUACAUUUUUCAAAAAUCAGUGGAAAUAAAAAGGAUUCCUUCACUCAAUUAAAUAAAGCUCAAAAUGUGAACAAAGUUCAUACCAAAAAAGAAAUCUUAUUUGUGGCCAUAUUUUUGAUUCUUUUUUAGAAUUUUUUAUAGAAGAAACAUCACAAUUUUUUAAAGAUUUUAAGAUCCUCUCCAGCUCUUCCCAAGUUAAGUCUUUCCGUACUUUUGCUUCUCUGUGAGACUGAUCAUCAAUAUACUAAAGACAAAUUUUAUGGAAAAAUGAUUAAAAUUAAAUCAAAGAAACUGAAAUACUUUUAAUGAAAUUUAUUUCUUAAUUUUAUUUUUGGAGUAUAAAUCGACUAAAUACUCACCCCACUCCACCUCUAUAAAGUAACCAAAUUAGAUUUUCUCUGCAAAAUAAAUUCAAAUCAAUAUGUAAACUUAUUUAUAUAUUGUAUGAAAAAAAAAUAUGAAUGAAAUAAACAUCAAAUUACCUUUAUGAGUGUAAGAAA